AUGUGCGUGUGCGAAGGAGGCGUUGCUGAUGGUGAGGCUGUGCCUGUUUUUCAGCAACGCAACUUGCGUAGCCGUGAGCGGCAGAAGCUGGUGCAACAGCAGCAACUCCAGGUGCUCUCCAAGUCGGCCAAAGGCCGCGAACGGGAGCGCAUGCAGCAGGUGCGCAAGUGGCAGAAGCAGAUGCGGCAGAAGUUUGAUAACAAGGGUGGCCAGGUGCCAGUCAAACAUCGUGAGGCAUCUGUGGCCGUGCGCCCCAGCUGGAAGGUGCUGGAGGAGAUGGACUUCCCACGCCUCUUCAAGCUCUCUCUGCCGGCCGUCGGGGAGGGCCACGACGUAUACCGGUGCGGAGCAGUCGAGUUCUACGACAAGGCCUACAACCUGGUCACGUGCAAGAACGAGCGACCCCUGCAGCGCAUCAACCGCAUCUUCCACAAGGUCACCACCACUGACGACCCCAUCAUCCGGCAGCUGGCCAAGACAGAGGGACAGUCUUACAAGGUGUUUGCCACUGACGCCAUCAUCGCCUGCCUUAUGUGUGCUGGUCGGUCGGUCUACUCCUGGGACAUUGUUGUUCAGCGGGUGAAUGACAAGCUGUUCUUUGACAAGCGUGAUGACUCCGAGUUUGACCUGCUGACAGUGAAUGAGACAGCAUCAGAACCUCCACACGAGGAGGGCAACAGCAUCAAUGCUCCACGCAACUUGGCCCUGGAGGCGACCUUCAUCAACCACAACUUCUCGCAGCAAGUGCUCAAGAUGGGAGAGGAGAAGCACAGCUUUGAGAAUGUCAACCCAUUUAUCCAAGACGAGGAAGAGGGAGAGGUGGCCUCCGUUGCAUACAGGUACCGCAAGUUUGACCUAGGCGACAAUGUGGGCCUGAUAGUGCGCUGUGAGCACGAUGGUGCCAUGGUGGGCCCCAACGGAGAGCUCCAGUUCGUCAGCAUCAAGGCGCUCAAUGAGUGGGACCCUCGCUUCUCGGGUGGCAUUGACUGGCGCCAGAAGCUCGACACGCAGCGGGGUGCUGUGCUUGCCAACGAACUCAAGAACAACUCGUGCAAGCUGGCCAAGUGGACGGUGCAGGCGUUGUUGGCUGGUUCUGAUCAGAUAAAGUUUGGUUAUGUGUCGCGGGUGCACGUGCGUGACUCGUCCAAGCACGCCAUCCUGGGUACACAGCAGUUCAAGCCUAAGGAGUUUGCCGACCAGAUCAACCUGAACAUGGACAACGCGUGGGGCAUCCUGAGAUGCAUCAUUGACUGCUGCAUGCGCCUGCCUGAGGGCAAGUACCUCAUUCUCAAGGACCCAAACAAGCCUGUCAUCCGUCUGUAUGACAUCCCAGACAACACCUUUGAGACGGAGAAUGAGGCUGAGGAUGAGGAGGAUGAAGAAGAGGAGGAGGCAGGAGGCACUGUUGGUGAGGGCGACAAGAAGCCCUGAGCGCUCACCUCUCUGGUCUAUCACUGUGAUGUUGGAUGCAGAGAUUGUAGCAUUAAUAAAAGAGCAUGCUUUCAUGCA